AACAGCAGUUCCAUGACUGUGUUCCUCCUCCUGGAAUUUGCAGACACGCGGGACCUGCAGCUCUUGCACGUCUGGCUCUUCCUGGGCAUUUACCUGACUGCCCUCCUGGGAAACGGCCUCAUCAUCACCACUGUAGCCUGUGACCACCGCCUCCACACCCCCAUGUACUUCUUCCUCCUCAACCUCACCCUCCUCGACCUGGGCACCAUCUCCACCACUGUCCCCAAAUCCAUGGCCAAUUCCCUCUGGGACACCAGGGCCAUUUCCCACCCAGGAUGUGCUGCUCAGGUCUUUCUGUUUACCUUUCUGAUGUCAGCAGAAUUGUAUCUCCUUACCGUGACGGCCUAUGACCGCUAUGUUGCCAUCUGCAAACCCCUGCACUACGGGACCCUCCUGGGCAGCAGAGCUUGUGUCCACAUGGCAGCAGCUGCCUGGGGCAGUGGGUUCCUCUAUGCUGUGCUGCACACUGCCAAUACAUUUUCACUACCCCUCUGCCAAGGCAAUUCUGUGGACCAGUUCUUCUGUGAAAUUCCCCAGAUCCUCAAGCUCUCCUGCUCGGAUGCCUACCUCAGGGAAGUUGGGGUACUUGCGGUUAGUGUCUUUGUGCACUUCUAUUGUUUUGUUUUCAUUGUGCUAUCCUAUGUGCAGAUCUUCAGGACUGUACUGAGGAUUCCCUCUGAGCAAGGACGGCACAAAGCCUUUUCGAUGUGCCUUCCUCAUCUGUCUGUGGUCUCCCUGUUUAUCAGCAGCGGAAUGUUUGCCUACCUGAAGCCCCCCUCCAUCUCCUCCCCAUACCUGGACCUCAUGCUGGCAGUUCUGUACUCCGUGGUGCCUCCAGCUGUGAACCCCCUCAUCUACAGCAUGAGGAAUCAGGACCUCAGGGAUGGCAUUAGAAAACUGAUUACAUGGACUUCUAUUUAG